UGGGGUGGGGAUAGGGAAGGAAGAGCGAUGGCGGCCUUUUGUCCUUUGCUAUGGGGUGGGGAGCGAGCACUAGGGAAUGAGUAUUUAACGGGGCUUGAUGUGCUUCUUUUGAGACGCUUUUUCUUCUUUCGAGCAUAUUCGGAGCCCAGAGAAACCUUGGUCUAGCUUGGAGUCCACGCAUAGCACGAUACACCAUGCCUCCUCUUCGGCCUGACAUCGAGGCCACAGAGCCAAACAUCUCGUCUCCAAACAGCAGCAAGCCCUCCAUCAACGACACGCAAUUCACCGAGAAUGCAGGCUCGCGACGCGCUAGCACGGCCAGGAAGGCUUCCGUCGCCGCCCUCCUCCGCAACCCGCUGGCCGGCAUGAGCGAGGAGGAGGUCAUCCGCGACGUCGAUGCCUGGGUCGUUGAGAAAGGACUCGCGGAGUACCAGGAGGUCUUCCGAAAAGGUGCGCUGAUCGCACGCGUCGGGCAGCGAGAAGACGGCUUUGAGUACGUGGGCCAGCUUAACGAGGAGGAGAAGGGGCUUUUGAGGCACGAGAUCACGCAUCGCUGGGAUCAUCCGUUUAUGCUGUACUUUUUGGUUGUGCUUUGCGCGGGCAGUGCCAUCGUGCAGGGCAUGGAUCAGACGGCUGUCAACGGUGCUCAGCUCUACUACUUCGACGAAUUCAACAUCACAAACGAAUGGCAGCAAGGCCUCCUCAACGGCGCGCCGUACCUCUGCUCCGCCCUCAUCGGCUGCUGGACCAACGCGCCGCUGAACUACUACAUCGGCCGCCGCGGCACCAUCUUCGUCUCGUGCUUUAUUUCCUUCGCGACUGGCUUCUGGAUGGCUGCCGCCGAGUCAUGGUACAAUCUCCUGAUCGCCCGCUUCGCCCUGGGCUUCGCCGUCGGCGCCAAGUCGAGCACCACGCCUGUCUACGCCGCGGAGUCGGCGCCCAAGACGAUCCGCGGCGCGCUCACCAUGAUGUGGCAGAUGUGGACGGCGUUUGGGAUUAUGAUUGGCUUUGUUGUGUCUGUCGCGUUUGAGGACUGCGAUUUCCUCGGCGAGUUCUCCCAGUGGCGCUGGAUGCUGGCGAGUACGUCGAUUCCGCCUUUCCUCGUUAUGAUACAGGUUUAUCUGUGUCCUGAGUCGCCGAGAUGGUACAUGGAGAAAGGCAAAUACGACAAAGCAUUCGGCGCGCUGUGUCGGCUUCGCAGGCACAAGAUUCAGGCCGCCCGCGACAUGUACUACGCGUAUAAGCUGCUGGAGGUGGAGCAGGCGGAGCGCGAGGGGAAGAACCUUUUUAAGGAGUUCUUUAUGGUGAGGAGGAAUCGCAGGGCGGCGCAGAGCUCGUUUUUCGUUAUGUUCAUGCAGCAGUUCUGCGGCGUUAACGUUAUUGCGUACUACAGCUCCUCCAUCUUCGAACAAGCCGGCUUCUCGCGCUCCAACGCGCUCCUCGUCUCCUUCGGCACCGGCGCCACAAACUGGCUCUUCGCCAUCCCCGCCAUCUACACAAUCGACACCUUCGGCCGCCGCAACCUACUCCUCACCACCUUCCCGCUCAUGGGCCUCUGCCUGCUCUGGUGCGGCAUGUCCUUCUUCCUCCCCGAGAACGCGGACGGCACGCCGUCGCAGGCGCGCAUCGGCAGCAUCGCCGCGGCGAUCUUUACCUUUAUGGCUGUGUAUUCGCCCGGGGAGGGGCCCGUGCCGUUUACAUAUUCCGCGGAGGCGUUCCCGCUGUAUAUUAGGGAUGUGGGCAUGAGCUUUGCGACGGCGACAUGUUGGGGGUUUAAUUUUUUGCUGAGCUUGACGUGGCCGCCGCUUGUGCGGGCGUUUAGUCCGCAGGGCGCGUUUGGGUGGUAUGCCGCGUGGAACUUUUUUGGUUGGGUAUACUGUUACUUCCUCCUCCCCGAAACCAAAAAUCUCACGCUCGAGGAGCUGGACACCGUCUUCAAUGUUGGGAAUCGCGCCCACGCGCGGUAUUAUACGGAUAAGCUGCCGUGGUAUGUGCAGAAGAAGAUUCUGCGCAGGGAUGUGCCGGCUGCGGAGCCGCUGUAUCAGUUUUACGAUGCGGAUGCUACGGCGGAGAGGAAGGGGACGGGGAAUGAGACCGCGGGGGUUAGGGCGGAGGAGGUGCUGGACGGGGUGGGGGAGGGGGAGAAGGGGGUGCGAGGAUAG